AUUUUACUUACUAGUUUCGGUUCCUUUUAUAUAUUUAAAAGAUAUCUAAUCAUAUAUUUUUUCAGAUUCUAACAAAAAUGGCUGCAUGAACGUUAUUAUCAGCGGAGUAACUUCUCAAUUAGAGGACCCCAAUUCUGAUGAUGACGUUAUCGAGGUUGUGAGAGAUGAAGCCCCUAUUGAAAUAUUAUCGGAUGGUGAAGAAAUGGAACGUUGCAAGUAUUCAGAGAAUAUAGAUAAUGACUUCAAUUUCGCAUCAGUUUUGCACGGUGAUGACGUUUCAAAUAGCGAAAAACACACAGACGAGGUAUUGGAUGAUCCACUUAUUCCGGUUCCUGCAGUAUCUCAUGAUGGGAAUACAUCUAAUGAGACCAUACAGAAACAUAUACAGGCUGUGCCAGUUUCCAUUAUAACCCACACGUCUGCUGUCGAACACAAUUACAAACAAGACUGCAUUGAAAAUGCCUUGGCCGUCAAUAAUGAUUUAGCAAAAACAGACGAAAGAGAUAGUGUAAACCAAGACCACGAAAAUAUUAAUAUUGAAGAUAAACAAGAACCGGAUCCAAAUCCCGAAGAAGAUAAAUGUAUUACUAACGACGAAAAGAAUGUCGCAGCGUCUGAAGAUUCACAGGAUAACAAAACUUUUGAUACUGAACCAGCAGAAUAAUGUUUUUUUUUCACAAUUUAUAAUAUCACAUUGAUAAGAAUGCUACUCUAGUAAGAUUUUUGCUUUGCAUAAUUUUUAUGUAGGUACAUAUCUACU